AUGCCCCUCCAGUUGCCGAAUUUCGAUGACUUACCGCUUGUUUAUGGCAUGCCGCAGGGCUGUGCGUGGGGAAUAUUUGACAAAGAUGGCAAAAAAGAUGUUUUUGGGACCCUGAACCUCUUGACGCUGGAUGUGGUUAAAGCUGCGGCUGCAGAGGUGCGCCACGGGAUUUCCGUUUCGCUAAAUUGGCCUAUUGGAAGCAUCAAGAUUUCUGGAUUUUUCCGGAAAAGCCUUGAGCACAGGGUCUUUAAGCUUGAAGACAAGGAGGCCAAUUUACAUUACGGAUUUGAUGACGAGGUUGAGUUCAACACCCAGGGAAGCAGUCAAUGGGAUAGCCUAUGUCACUUCUUACACAUCCCAACUGGCACAGCAUACAAUGGUGCCAAGCCAAUUGUUGAGGAGAUGCAGAAUCCAUCCUCCUCGAAGCAGAAGCUUCCAACAUUAAACCACUGGCACGAUCGCGGCUGUAUUGCCGGACGCGGCGUCUUGAUCGACUUCAAAUCAUACGCAGAAGCCAAAGGAAUUGAAUAUUGCCCCUUCUCCGCAUUCCGCAUAGGUGUCCCCGAUAUUGAAGCCGUCGCAUCAUACCAAGGAGUCACAUUCAAGUCCGGAGACAUUCUCAUCGUCCGCUUCGGCGUCACAGAAGCAUUGGGAAAUAUGACUGGUGACGAGCAAGCAGCUUCCCUGGCCAAUUACCAGGCAUGCGGACUGGAUGGAAGUAAAGAGAUGGCUCGUUGGCUUUGGAAUGAGCAUUUUACAGCGGUGGCUAGUGACAAUAUUGCCGUCGAGGCCAUGCCCCCCAUGAUCGAUGGUGUCGAACAGCCCUUGACACACCUCAUUCUACACCAGUGGUGUCUAAGUUUGUUUGGUCUUCCGCUUGGUGAGCUGUGGUAUUUGAAAGGUCUUGCUGAACAGUGCAAAGCCCUUGGGAAAUACACUUUUCUUCUUACGUCUGCGCCACUCAACGUGCCGGGCGCAGUUGGGAGUCCACCCAAUGCGUUGGCCCUUCUGUGA